AUGAAGGCUGUUGGUCGUUGGUAUGCUAACGCCUUGUCACCAAAUGAAGCCUUUGGAGGAUAUUACACUUCUGCUUAUAUAUCACACGCUCUUCAAAAGGGUGCACUGAUCUAAUAUCUGCUUAGUUAAACAUCAUUUAAAUUCAGCAAGCAUUCUAUAAUAACUUUUUGAAGGACAAUUGGGUACUUCUACAAUUUUUCUCUCAACUUUAUCGACCUGAUGAUAGCCGGGCGUAUCUUUGAAAUAUAACUGACGAAAGGUUAUAUAUAUUCGAGGUACUGAUACAGAGAAACAGAUAAAGGAUGGACUGCGAACAUUGAGAGCUGUUGCUGUCAAGUAUUCCUCUCCAAGGAGGGAGGAGGUCGUUGUUGGAGGUCGAUUUCCAGGAUUUAUCCGUGGAACAUUGGCGAAUAACCACGCUACCUACGCUUAUGCCAGUGCUACAGCACCGUCCUUACAAAUCGAUGGUAAUCUG